AUGGUAUUUGUUAAAGUUAAAAAUAAAUGGAAAGAAAUUGAUAGUUACUGGAAAUGUUGUGACAAUAAUUGUAUAAAUACAAACAAACCUAUUGGUAAUUGCAUUAAAGGAAAUGGAUAUGGAAAUAUAAUUGAUGAUGAAAAUAUUAAAUAUAUUGAUUGUUUGGAGGGGAAAGGAGUUAAAUGUAUAUUUGAAGAAGGAUUAAAUGGUAGCCAAUCACAUAUGACUAUUGGUCUUCGAAAUUGUAGUACAAACAAUUAUAUUUAUUAUUAUGCAAGAUAUGAUCAUAUAUAUAACGGAGAAGUAUCAAUUAAUCUUUCAACAUCUUUCAAUAAUAAUGAUAUUUUUGGUUGUGGAUUAGUUUAUCCUCCAACUAAUAUAACGAAUGAAUUUCCUUAUGUUUUCUUUACUCAAAAUGGAAAACAAAUUGGUAAAGGUAUAAAAUUAGAGGACAAUUUCGAUUCAUAUAAACCUCGUGUUUUCUUAAACUGUUGUUCACUUGAAGCUAAUUUUGGAAAUGAUUUGGAAUCAAAACCAUUUGCAUAUGACGUCUUAAAACAUUUAAUACUUAAAGAAUUUUUUUGA